UUAGCUGACUCUCCCGCCUUUGGCCAGCUGCGAGAGUGACUGGUUUUUAAUGUGAGCAGGUGGGCCUGACCCCGGCUGCAGCAGGGGCCCCAGCUCAGGGAGGUGGCGGGGAGAAAAGCAGAAGAGCUGGCAGAUUGCAGGUGGGUGCAGCACAGCUCCUAACAGCCUCUGACCAAGACUCUUGGGUGAUCACAAGCAGGCGGAGCCUCACCUGGGCUGAGGCUCACCUGUCCCAACAAGCUGGCCUGGGAGGAGGAAGGAAGGCAGGCGGGCGGCAGGCAGCAGGCUGCAGGGCUCUUGCCAGCCUUGGAGUGCCUCAGGCCUAUUUCCCCCAGCUUCCUAUGAGGAACCGGUUCAGGAGCAGGUUGGCCCUGGGUGUUUGGCUUCUGACAAGGAAAAGGCAGUCUGUCCUGGAGGAGACUGGAGGAAGGACACUUGCCUCUCCCCAGCCCAGUUCCCUGGCAACGUGGCCCCCUGGCUGCAACAAGGUGGUGACACCUCUGGGGACAACCAUGGCUGUCCAGGUGCUUCAGCAGGCGGCGCUGUUCCUACUGAGUCUGCUCUUCCUGGUGCAAGGUGCCCAUGGUGGCGGUCCCCGGGAAGACUUCCGCUUCUGUGGCCAGCGGAACCAGACCCAGAAGAGCGACCUCCAGUAUGAGCAGACGCCGGAGCUGCGGAUCACCAUCAGUAACUCAGAGGAGGCCCUCACCAUCCGGGCCCCCUUUCCCGCUGCUCCUGAGGCCUCCCGGGCCUUCCCAGAGCCCAGGGGCAUCUACCACUUCUGCCUGUACUGGAGCCGCCAGUCUGGGAAGUUCCACCUGCGUUAUGGCAAGAAUGAUUUCCUGCUCAGUGACCAGGCCUCCAGCCUCCUCUGCUUCCGGCAUCAGGAGAGCCAGGUGCAGGGGCCCCCAUUGCUGGCCACCUCCAUCAGCUCCUGGAGGAACCCUGAAAACACCAGCCUGCCUGGGGCUUCCAGCUUCACCUUCGCCUUCCAUAAGCCCCAUCACGCCUCCCACAACACAUCAGCCUCAGUGGACAUGUGCGAGCUGAAGAGUGUCCUCCUACGGCUCAGCCAGCUCCUGCAGCAGCCACACAAGGCCUCCAGGAGGCCCUCGGCCACCCUGGCCAGCAAGCAGCUGCAGAGCCUGGAGUCAAAGCUGGCCACUGUGAGCUUCCCGGGGGACAAGGUGUCCUUUGAGGAGGACCGAGUCAACGCCACCAUAUGGAAGCUGUGGCCUUCCGCCGGCCUCCAGGACCUCCACAUCCACUCCCGGCAGGAGGAGGAGCAGAGUGAGGUCCGAGAGUACUCCGUGCUGCUGCCCCGCGCCCUCUUUCAGCAGACCAAAGGCCGGCGCGGAGAGGCGGCCAAGAGACUGCUCGUGGUGGACUUCAGCAGUCAGGCUCUGUUUCAGGACAAGAAUUCCAGCCAAGUCUUGGGCGAGAAGGUCUUGGGCAUCGUUGUUCAGGACACCAAAGUCUCCAACCUCUCAGAGCCGGUGGUGCUCACCUUCCAGCACCAGCCCCAGCCAAACAACAUCACCCUCCAGUGCGUUUUCUGGGUUGAAGAUGCAGCACCCGGCAGCCCCGGGAGCUGGAGCAGCGAUGGGUGUGAGACUGUCAGGGGAGAAACUCAGACGUCCUGUCUCUGCAGCCACCUGACCUACUUCGCAGUGCUGAUGGUGUCCUCAGUGGAGGUGGACGCCACCCACAAGCACAACCUCACGCUCCUCUCCUACGUGGGCUGCGUCAUCUCUGCCCUGGCCUGCGUCUUCACCAUUGCUGCCUACCUGUGCUCCAGGAGGAAACCUAGAGACUACACCAUCAAGGUGCACAUGAACCUGCUCCUGGCUGUCUUCCUGCUGGACGUGAGCUUCCUGCUUAGUGAGCCGGUGGCGCUGUCAGGCUCCCAGGCUGCCUGCCGAGCCAGCGCCAUCUUCCUGCACUUCUCUCUGCUGGCCUGCCUGGCCUGGAUGGGCUUGGAGGGCUACAACCUCUACCGCCUCGUCAUCGAGGUCUUCGGCACCUACGUCCCUGGCUACCUGCUCAAGCUGAGCGCCGUGGGCUGGGGCUUUCCCGUCUUCCUGGUGACGCUGGUGGCUCUGGUGGACGUGAACAACUACGGCCCCAUCAUCCUGGCAGUGCACAGGACUCCAGAGCGGGUCAGCUACCCUUCCAUGUGCUGGAUCCGUGACUCCCUGGUCAGCUACAUCACCAACCUGGGCCUCUUCAGCCUGGUGUUCCUGUUCAACAUGGCCAUGCUGAUCACCAUGGUGGUACAGAUCCUGCGGCUGCGGCCACACAACCAGAAGUGGCCCCACGUGCUGACCCUGCUGGGCCUCAGCCUGGUCCUUGGCCUGCCCUGGGCCUUGGUCUUCUUCUCCUUUGCUUCUGGCACCUUCCAACUUGUGGUUCUCUAUCUCUUCAGCAUCAUCACCUCCUUCCAAGGCUUCCUCAUCUUCCUCUGGUACUGGUCCAUGCGGCUGCAGGCCCGGGGAGGUCCUUCUCCUCUGAAGAACAGCUCAGACAGCGCCCGGCUCCCCAUCAGCUCUGGUAGCACCUCAUCCAGCCGCGCCUAAACACCCCAGCGUCCACUCUGUGUGAGGGCAGAGACAUGGCUCCCCCAUUGUCUACAGCCACCGCUGGCCUCAGCCUACCACUGGGCAGUGGCAGACUGGAGAAGGCCCUGUUCCCUGGAUGGAUGAAUGAAUGGAUGGAUGGAUGGAACAGUUGCCAUGGUAACCAGAUGCCCACCUGGCCUUGAGGACCACUCUCAGCUCCCAGUUCCAACUCCCAAGGAUUCCGGACUAUGCUGCCAUGCUGGUGGGAAGGAUGUCCCCACGACUGAUCAAACCUAGGACUCAGGCCUUGUUUCUCCUGACUUCUCUGAGCUCAGCUGACUCCACAGCAUCAGGGCCAGGCUUGGAUGUUAGAUGCCCAGACACAGCUACCCAGGCUGUUACGACUCUGAACCAGUCACUACACAGCAUUCUGCAGCCCUGGUCCUUUUAAUUUGGGCAGCAGCAAGGACAAGUAGAGCUGGACAGAGAGUUGGGCUGGAGUCCUGCAGGUGGUGAGGCCCUCCUUCAAAGGCUACCUCAGAGCCCAGAGCCUCUCCCUCCACCAGAUUCCCAGAGCCCCUUUUUUCCCUGCUCCCCUCCUGAGCUUUCCCUACCCUCUGCCCACAGCCUGGGGCCUCCAGUUCCAAUGCUGUUACUUUGGGAAGCGAUUCCCACCCAGCCUCCUGGUGCCUGCUGUAAACUACCGUGGCUUCACGGGCCUUGGAUGUCUCUCGUAUGGACACCUGGGCGGGGCCAUGUGGCCUGUGUGUCAGUGCUGUCCUUGAUCACCCCUCAGAGGGACCCUCCUGUGGCAAGAACUAUGGGACAGUCCUGGCACUCUAGAAGACUGGGACAUUCCUUCUGCUGACCCUAGUUUGAGCCAGACUUCUCACCUAUAAGGUGGUCUUCAAAUCCCUGCAGAUGGCUGCCUGUCAUGGGGGACUCUGCCCAACACUCAUUCACCACUCACCAGCCUGUGUUAGGGUGGCAGGGACACAGAUAGACAGAUCUGGUGGGCUCUUCCUGCAAACUCAGCUUAGAAUACAAGGCCCUGGGGCUAUAGGUACAAGGUAGGAGCCAAUACUCUUUGAUGGGCAUGUAGGAAAUCUUCUGGAAGAGGCAGCAUUUUAUCUUGACCUCAGCCUUCAAGAUGAAGACUGUGUUCUUUUUAAGUGUCAGUUUGUUCAUCCUAUUUUGAUGUUUGUUUUUUUUGGUGGGGGGAGAGGGGAAACAGAGCUAUAGAGCCUCAGCUGAUCCCUCUUGCCUCUGCCUUCUGAGAGCUGGGAUUAUAGGUGUUGACCACCAUGCUCAGCACUCAUUUGUCUUUUGAUAUUAAAAAGGAGGAUGUGUUUAUUGUAGAGAAUCUGGAAACUGUAGAAGAUUGUCAAGAGGGAAAAUAAAAAUCAGUUUUCUUUGCCUAACAAACGUUUGGAGCAUUUCCUCCAGAGAUGUUUCUUGUGUUAUUGAAAACAUCAAGAUGCCAGUGUCUCAGGAAAGAGAAGAGGACACUGGGUGAGGGAAAAUGCCAACAGCUGAUGCCAGACAACUGAGAAGACAAAUGGCAAGCUGGCAUUCAUGUUGGAGAUGUAAUGAGAAGUGAGGUCUGUGGCAAAGUGAGAAUUAAAACCCCAUGCUGAGUGACAGCUCUAGCUUCAGGUCUAGGAUGCAGGAAAACAACCCAUGUAGAAACCCAGGUUGGCAUGAAGAAUCCAUGGUUUAAAACUAUUGGUAGGGACUGG